AUGGAGCGCGCCGGUGCCGGCGCCGCGCCGGGGGUCCCUGCGGCAGGGGAGGGCGCGGCGGCGGCGGCGGCAGCGGCAGCGCCGACUCCGGUGGCAGGGGCAGGGGUGGUGAAGGGGAGGUCUUGCAAGGGCUGCCUCUUCUACUCUUCGGUGCUCAGGUCCAAAGGGCGCGGCCCCGUCUGCGUCGGCGUCACCCGCGGCAUCCCCCAAGUUCCUGAUCGUAUGGUUGGAGAAAUUGAGCUGGGAGCUAUCCAAGAAGGACGCAACCUUUCCAACUUCAAAUAUGCAUGUGCUGGAUAUUCCAUAUACCUAGAUGACAAGGAUAGCUCUACAGUGAAGGGAGAGAAGCAUGCAGAGCUCCCUAUCUGUGUCGGAGUUGAGCUAUUGACAGACAGAGCUCCAACUAAACAAGCUCCAGCUCACAUGACUAAACAAGCUCCAGCUCACAUGAAAAAAGAAGCUACUCAAGCACAUGGACACAAACCUGCGCUGACACAAGCCGAUUUCAUAACCAAAUUUCAGAGGAAUGCUGGACUUGUGGCCAGCGGUGUGGUUAGGAACAUGAAUAAAGUUGGGACUUACGUCAAAGACACGGUGGAUGACAUCCUGUACCCGUACCGCAAGCGUCCCAAGUAA